ACGACGACGACUUCUACAACAACAACGGCGACAGGAGGAAGGUAGGAAAAAGGUGAUAGGGUCAUAAAGUGGGGGAAUGCGAACGCGAGGUCUCCUCCGCCUGUGCAAUACACUUCAGAGGCCAGUGACGACUAUCGACAUGUCUCGAGGCAGUGGCCAGAGGGACUGGCGGCGGAGAUCAGAUCGAGAUGCUCAUGCGUACAGCGAUCAUUUCCCACCGGGUCCCCAUGCUUACGAGCAGCCUUGGCAGCAGUAUCACCAGCAGCAGCAGUACUACCAGCCUGCAUCGUACCAAUACGGUCAGGGCUACGAAGCACCGGGGCCGGAUCGGUAUCAGGCCCCGCCGACAUAUCCGCAUCAGGGCUGGGCUCCGUAUGGGCCUGAUCCGCGAUCCAUGGGUGGUCCGUCCUUCCAACAGCAGCCGAUGGCAAACCCUUCGUUCUAUGCCACUUCAUCGUGGCACAAUGACCGUUACCCUCAACACAACAGCUUUUACGACAGGCCAAGGAGGUAUCAUUGCGAAAGGACGUACGGCUCGGAUGCUUCAUCGUCGAAGGAAAGUACCCGUCCGGGUCGAUCCGCCCGUGCAGACAAGCGGCCAGCACAUUAUUCAGCUGGCGGCUCCCACAGCUACCCUCGUCCAAGCGGGAAGAGAGCAGCCUCUAUUCGCACAAAACCUCGUCUCAGCUAUCUCCGCCAGGCUUCCGCCAACGCGAAGCUUCUCGAAGGUGAAGACGCAAUCGAUGCGCACCUCCCCCUCCUCGUCCUGGACCUCAACGGCACGCUGGUCUUUCGCGGGUCUGGCCGCACGAACAUGGAAUCGAGAAGCCAAAGACCAACGAGGAGGCCCUAUCUGCGUGUGUUCCUGCAGUAUUGCCUUGGCAUUCCCGACACGGUAUGGGAAGCUGUGUCAAGUGAUCCGCCUCGACGAGCCGAUUUGGACGACUCUUUGGGCGCUAUGGAGCUGGAGAAGCAGUCUGAAGAAGACAACAGCGUAGAGGAACAGGGAAACUCGGAUGAUGGAAGGGAAGACGCCCUCUUCGAAGCUCGCAUGGCAGCGUGGUCAGACCGUGAGGUAGGGCGACUGGGGCCCAGUCGCCAACUCCACGGGUCCCACUUCUGGCAACGACCAGCAUCUGGCGAGCCACCGCACCCGCCCAUCCGCUCUCCGCAGGCCAACUUCCGCCUGCUCGUCUGGUCGUCUGCCCAGCCACAGAAUGUAGACGCAAUGACGCGCGCCAUCUUUACGCCCGACCAAGCCGCCCAGCUCCUUCGUGUGCUGGCUCGCGACACGCUGCUGCCGAGGCGGGACUACAGCCGAAAGGCGCCGAGCACAAAGGAUCUCGAGAUUAUUUGGGCUGCCCUGAACCGGACGACGGAUGACCAGCACGACGUCAGGCUGCAAUCAGGGAACGAGGGCGAGAGACGCUUGCUGGCGGAGGCUAGGGACGAGCAGGACCGCGAUUCGCCAGAUGAUGAGCACGACGAGGAAGAGCAGGAUGCGAUACUGAAAAGCUUCCUCAAGGAGGGGAGGAGCCAAAAUUCAUCAUCGACAACGAUCAACGAGAUGUUGAGGGGUGCUGCUCGAAGGAGUGCGCGUCGGGCGGAUGACUUUGUCGUGAAUGGUCUUGGGCAGGGCGAGGCCGGGAGGAGAGGAUGGGGACCACACAAUACCUUGCUGCUCGACGACAGCGCCGACAAGGCCAGGCUGCAGCCAUACAAUCACGUCCUCGUGUCUGAAUUUGAUGCAGAGAAGGCCAGUCGUUUCCGAAGGCGGACCCAGGACGGGCUAGAGGAGGAUGUGGACGACAGCCUUUUGCAGGCCAUCGGUGUGUUGGAGCACGCAAAGAGGCACGAGAAUGUCAGCGCGUGGAUCCAGCAGGGCGGAUUGGGUUUCUUUGGCGGCCUCAAGCAGACGGGCGUACAAGAUGAAAGGGAAGAAGCCAGGACGAAUGAAGUCAUAGAGGACGACGAUAAACCAAGACUGGACGAGAAGCCCCAGAACAGGACGCCAACGUUUUGGAAGGGCGAAGGGAUCAAGGCGCUUGCCCGGCUAGGCAUUGAGCCUCAUGUACAGUAGAUUAGAAUCUUAGCAUCGCACCAGUAACCAGGAAGGCAGCAAAUUGCAGCUGUCUGUUCUAAACAGAG